AUGCGGGAACUGCUGGUGGCAUUCUGCGAAUUGGAUCCAUCGUCAAGCGUCGUCAUUUCCAUCCUCCAGGUACUCCACCGACAAAACCCAGGAAUUGAGUCCUUCGGUUUCGAUUUUCAGGGGAUUUGGCAAGAUCUCAGUAUAGGAUUAAGGCAAGCAGUAUGGGAUCUUUUUCAGUCACCACACCUCAAGUCAUUGUCGUUGGAAUACAUACAAGUCCCAAACACCCUUCUCCUCGGGAGCGCCGUACGCCAUUUACACCUGGAUAAUAUCGAAUCUGGAGAUAUGGCUGAAUCGAUGGAGCACCUAUCCACCUCACGACGCUCCAAUUUGAAAGGCUUGCCCAUUUGCUCUCAAAUUGAAUCGCUUGAAAUAGACAGACCAGAUGAAAGCCAUCUCGCUCUUCUCUGUGGUGGCAGUGACUCAUCGACCCUGGGUCAGUUUAUCCGGCUGCGCAAAUUGACUAUCACCGUGUAUUUCUUCGAGGAGGAGUACAAUUACAUUGCACCUCUUCUUUCUCGAGCAGAAGAAACCCUUGUGGACGUGAAGAUCCUUUAUGGGAGCCACAUGGAUCAUCCCGUUUCACCGCCUGCAACGGUUGAUCUGGGACGCAUGAAGCGACUCAAGAACCUCACCCUCGACAGCUCCGAGCACGAUGUAGGGACGGUGCUCCACGAUUACAAUCUCCUUCUUGGCCAGCUUACAGCACCGACCACCUUGGAGACCCUUAAUUUGCAUGUCCCACUUGAUCUACAGGACGAAGAUCACUACACUGCAUUGGCGCCAUUAUUUCAAAGCCUGGGUGCCCCUUCGGACUGUAACGUCUGGACGAGCUUCAAUGAUAUCAUAUCUGCCCCUUUCCGCUUCACGGGAUUGAGACAGUUGGUUGUGCGUGUGCAAUUUGUCCAAUAUCUUGUCGACGAUUGUCCAGGAAGCGACGCAAAUUUCCGUGACUUGAUCAAAACUUUGAUUCGCCUUGCCUUGCCAUAUUUUUCGGGCGACGAUGGGGCCCCAAAGCUGGUUAUUGAUUUCACGACGCGCUAA